AGGCACGGCGCCACGGUGUAUGCAGUAAACCAAUAACAGCAGCCGAUCGCCAGGAUGCGGACAGUGACGACGUGGGUGGAUAAAGUCCACGAUAAGGACAAAAAUGAACAACCCAUACACGACAUGUGUUUCCACCCCGAUGGCACGAUGCUGGUGGUGGCUGCUGGGAACCGGGUGCUGGUCUACGACGCCGUGGACGGAUCCCUCAUACAGCCGCUGAAAGGACACACGGGCAACGUGUACUGCGUGGCGUACAGCCGCGACGGCAAGCGGUUCGCGUCGGGCAGCCAGGACAAGAGCGUCAUCAUUUGGGCCACCAAGGGCACCAAGGUCGAGCACGGCGUCUGCCAGAUCGAGGGCAUCCUACGCUACACGCACAAGGACGCCGUGCAGUGCAUCGCCUAUAACCCGCUGAGCCUGAUGCUGGUGUCGUGCUCGCUGUCCGACUUCGGCCUGUGGUCGCCCGAGCAGAAGAACGUCACCAAGUACAGCGUGCCCAGCCGCGUCAACAGCUGCACCUGGACCACCGACGGCCUGCUCUUCGCGCUCGGCCUCAUGAACGGCAGCGUCUCCAUCAGGAACAAGCAAGGGGAGGAAAAGGCGCGAAUCGAGCGUCCGGGCGGCAGCAGCUCGCCCGUCUGGCGCGUGCACUUCUCGCCGGUGAAGGAGGACGUGUAUGACGUGCUGGCGGUGGCUGACUGGGGCCAGACGCUCUCCUUCUACUCCGUCUACAGCAAGGACUUCAAGGUGGCCGAGAUCGGCAAGGAGCGCCAGCUGCGCUUCGACGCGUGCACCAUGCAGUUCUUCCCGCUGGGCCAGUACAUCCUGAUGGGCGGCUCCAACCGCGAGUGCACGCUCUUCACCAAGGAGGGCAUCCGUCUGGAGACGAUCAGCGCCCAGGAGUCGUGGGUCUGGUGCGCCGCGCCGCGGCCCGACAGCAACUACGUGGCGUGCGGCUGUAACGACGGCACCAUCGCGUACUACCAGCUCGUGUUCAGCACUGUUCACGGCCUGCACCGGGAGCGGUACGCCUUCAGGGAGAACAUGACUGACGUCAUCAUCGAGCACCUCAUCACCGAGCAGAAGGUGCGCAUCAAGUGCCGCGACAUGGUGAAGAAGAUCGCGCUCUACAAGACCCGGCUGGCGGUCCAACUGCCCGAGAGGGUCAUCAUAUACGAGCUGUACACGGGAGACUCGACCGACAUGCACUACCGCGUCAAGGAGAAGCUCAACCAGAAGCUGGAGUGCAGCCUGCUGGUCAUCUGCGCCAAUCACCUGGUGCUCUGCCAGGACCGCCGCCUGCAGUGUCUCAACUUGUCGGGCGAGCGCGAGCGCGAGUGGGUGAUGGACUCGAUGAUCCGGUACAUCAAGGUGAUCGGCGGUCCGCCCGACCGCGAGUGCCUGCUCAUCGGACUCAAGAACGGCCACGUGUACAAGAUCUUCAUCGACAACGCGUUCCCGGUGAGCCUGCUCAAGGUGCCGUCGGCCAUUCGCUGUCUGGACCUGUCCGCAUACAAGGAGAAGUUAGCCGUCGUCGACGACAACGGCACCGUGCUCGUCUACAGCGUCGAGAGCAAGGAGCUCAUGUUCCAGGAGCCGAACGCCAGCAGCCUGUCGUUCAACACCAUGUGCGAGGACAUGCUGUGCUACUCCGGGAACGGCGUGCUCUUCAUCAAGGCGGCCUCCUACGUGCCGUACCAGCAGAAGCUGCCGGGCUUCGUGGUUGGCUUCAGCGGCAGCAAGGUGUUCGUGCUGUGGAACUACUCGAUGCGCUCCAUCGACGUGCUGCAGUCGGCGCCCAUGUACCAGUACAUCGACAAGAAGCUGUUCAGUCAGGCGUACGCGGUGGCCUGCCUGGGCGUCAGCGAGAGCGACUGGGAGACGCUGGGCACGGAGGCGCUCAACAAUCUGGAGCUGGAGGUGGCCAAGAAGUCCUACAUGCGCAUCAAAGACGUGCCCUGGCUUUACCUCAUCGAUUCCAUGGAGGAGAGGAAGAAGAAGGGCGACUUCAACGAGCAGGUGUUCCUGGGCGACAUCCUGUCGUACCGCGGCGAGUUCCGCGAGGCAGCCGAGUGCUACCAGAAGGGCGGCAAGCCGUCAGCCGCGCUCCAGAUGUACACCGACCUGCGCAUGUUCGACCUGGCGCAGGAGUUUGCUGGCGACGAGGACUCGUCCGACCGCAAGACGCUGCUGAAGAAGCGGGCCGAGUGGGCCAAGAACAUCAACGAGCUGCGCUCGGCCGCCGAGAUGUACGUCAACGCUGGCGAGACGCUGAAGGCCAUCGAGAUCAUGGGCGAGAACGGCUGGAUCGACAUGCUCAUCGAGACGGGCCGCAAGCUGGACAAGGGCGAGAGCCAGGCGAUCGAGCUGGUGGCCCAGCACCUGCGCCGCCUCAAGCAGUACGCGCUGGCCGCCGAGAUGUACAAGAAGAUGGACGACACUGAGUCGAUGAUCAGCUGCUACGUGGAGGCCGAGGCCUGGGACGAGGCGUUCGCGCUGGGCGAGCAACACCCUGAGUUCCGGCAGAUCAUCUACGUCCCGUACGCCAACUGGCUGGCCGAGCACGACAAGUUCCUGGAGGCGCAGAAAGCGUUCCACAAGGCCGGCCGGCUGGACCUGGCAUUCCUCAUCCUGGACCAGCUGACGGUCAACGCCGUGGAGGAGAGCCGCUUCGACGACGCUGCCUUCUACCACUGGGUGCUGUCGCUGCAGUGUCUCGAGGUCGCCAAGGAGGAUGCCGCGCAAAAGGACGCCAUGAUCAAGCUGUUCUACGAGCACCAGCGCAAGGCCAACAUCUACUACGCCUACCACACGAUCCACCGCUACAUCGAGGAGCCGUUCACGUCGUACAUGCCCGAGGCGCUGUUCAACAUCGCCCGCUUCCUGACGCACGAGCUCACCACGCUCCAGCCCCGCGGUGUCUCCAAGUUCUGCACCCUGUACGCGCUGGCCAAACAGGGCAAGAUCCUGGAGGCGUUCAAGCUGGCGCGCUAUGCCCUGGACAAGAUCCAGCAGCUGAAGGUGCCUCUGCGCUUCCAGGAGAACGUCGACCUGGCUUCGGUGCAGCUGCGCGGCAAGGCGUUCACGGACAAGGAGGAGCUGCUGCCGCUCUGCUACCGCUGCUCGUCCGUCAACCCGCUGAUCAACACGCGCGGCAGCCGCUGCACCAACUGCAACCAGCCCUUCGUCUUCUCGUUCGUCUCGUUCGAGAUCCUGACGUUGGUGGAGUUCCAGCUGGAGGACGGCAUCUCGGACGAGGACGCCAUGCGCAUGAUCGAGCUGUCCGACCCGGACGGCUCCGACGACGAGGAGUCGAGCAGUUCGAGCAGCUCCAGCGAGGAGGACGAGGACGAGGAGGAGAAGCCGGCGCAGCUGUCCAUCAGCGCCGCCGCCGCCGCCGCCCUCCACCCCAACGCCAGUGGCGCCAAGCAGAGCGCUAGCGGUGCCAAGCAGAGCGCCAGCGGCACCAAGAAGAGCGCCAGCGGCAUCAAAAAGAGCGCCAGCACUGCCAAGAAGCCGAAGGGCUGGAAGGAGAAGAAGAAGGGCACCACGCAGACGCUGACCCUCAAUGACCCGAACGCCGGCGGUGAGGCGGAUCCCUUCACCGAGCGGCUGCUCAACUUCGAGCAAGGUGGCACCGACUUCAUCCCGGUAGUGGUGAACGCUCCUGCGCUGCGGGCCAUGAGUCCCGUGGACGUGCUGGUCUGCAAGUGGCCGCCGCCGCUGCGCUACCAGUUCUUCAGGAACCUGAUGCCCGACAUGCCUGUGUCCCACUGCCUGUCGUGUAACAGGCUAUUCCACACGGACGACUACGAGCUGCAGUCGCUGCAGAAGGGCUACUGCCCGUUUCUGGGCCGCAAGCGACCCGACCCGCACCAGGCACUUCACGCCGGUUUCUGA